AUGACGCGGCUGCCUGAAAGGCUUUUGGGCAAUCAGAUUGGCAAUGUGGCUCCACGGGGAAGAGCCGGAAGGCGUGGUGGUGGCGCCGCUACCCAAGGAAGAGGAAGAGGAGGGCCAGCUUCCAAUCCUAGAGGCAAGAGGUUGAGGCCUAGUGAUGAUGUGCAUACCGAUCAGGAGCAGCCUCGCGAGGACACCCCUGAAGGCGUCGCUGGACAGGCAGCCGGUGCAGGUGACCACGGUCUGAACAAGGAACCUGCAAAUUUGGGAAUAGAUCGCGGAGCUGCCGAUAGAUUUGCGAGUGAAGCCAUGAUAACGCCACAGGCUGAGAGGGCUCUUAAUUGUUCUGCGAUUGACCGAAGUGAAAGCCAAGCAGCCUCGCAGCCUAGUGGAAACGACCCCCCAGAAAUUAUCGCCAUAGACAAAGCCACGGCAAUCCCACCAGUGCCAGAGAGGGUUGAAGUAGGCAACUCCCCAAUAUAUAUAACUGGUAAGAAGUUGAGUGGUAAGGUCUAUGUUGGCAGACGAUUAGGUAUGCCCAGUGGAGGAUACAAGGGUCGAAAUGCAAUCGAGUCAAUGCAGAGGCUAAGCGAAAUCCUCCUUCAUCUAAAGAACUCUUUCCUGCAUCAAUACCGUGUAGGUUGCACUGAAAUUUGUGCAUCGGAGAAGCAGGGAAGGGCUCUCAAUGGUUGUUAUGGCAUACCAUCGGUACACUACAAGGGUUGCCAAGGAGACUACUACAUUCUUGUAAUGGACCUGCUUGGUCCUAGCCUCUGGAAUGCUUGGCAUUCACCAGGACAGGACUUUAUACAUGGUGAUGUAAAACCUGAAAACUUUUUGCUUGGUCAGCCUGGAUCUGCUCAAGAAAAGAAGCUUUUUCUCAUUAAUUUUGGUUUAGCAUCUAACUGGAAAUGGAAAAGAGGAUCAUCCAGUAUGCAUGUUCAGUAUGAUCAGAGGCUAGACAUAUUUAGGGGAACAAUUAGAUAUGCUAGCGUCCAUGCCCAUUUAGGUCGUACGGGCAGUAGGAGAGAUGAUUUGGAGUCACUAGCAUACAGCCUUAUAUUUUUAUUACGAGGAAGCUUGCCAUGGCAAGGCUGUCAGGGAGAUAACAAGAGCUUUCUUGUUUGUAAGAAGAAAAUGGAGACUUCUCCAGAGGUCCUGUGUAGCUUCUGUCCAGCCCCAUUCAAACAUUUUCUUGAGUUGGUUACUACUAUGAAAUUUGAUGAAGAGCCAAAGUACGAAAAACUUGUUUCUCUCUUUGAUGAUCUGAUUAUCGGGCCUGUUUCAAGACCCAUCAGGAUCGCUGGAGGUCUAGAGGUUGGACAUAAACGUGGAAGAAUUGUUGUAAAUCUUGAAGAAGAUGAACAGCCUAUGGAAAAAGUUCGGUUGGGGAGCCCAGCAACUCAAUGGAUUUCGAUUUAUAGUGCUAGGCGGAACAUGACGCAGCGAUGCCACUAUAAUAUAGCUGAUUCAAGGCUGCAUCAGCACAUACAAAAAGGUUAUGAAGAUGGCGUGUUCAUUAGUUGUAUAGCUUCUUUAAAAAAUGUGUGGACUGUCAUCAUGGAUACUGGGACCGGCUUUUCUUCUCAAGUUUUCAAUCUUUCACGAAAUUUCCUACAGAAGGAUUGGAUUAGGGAGCAGUCGGAGAAGAACUUUUACAUAACAGCAAUAGCUGGAGCAACCAAUGGAAGCUCAUUGGUUGUGAUGUCCAAAGGGACUCCGUACACACAGCAGUCAUACAAAGUCAGUGAAUCUUUUCCUUAUAAGUGGAUUAAUAAAAAGUGGAAAGAAGGUUUUCAUGUAACAUGUAUGGGUACUGCUGGGAACCGUUGGGGUGUUGUCACGUCAAGGAACACCGAUUAUUCCUACCAGGCUGUUGAGUUAGACUUUGUGUAUCCAAGUGAAGGAAUCCAUCAGCGAUAUGGUGCCGGUUACAGAAUAACAUCAUGCGCAGCCACGCCUGACCAAACCGCUUUUAUCAUGAGCAUAGCCAAGGAGUCCAAGACGAAACCAGUGGAUGAAACUUUUCUGACUUCUGAUUUCCCCAGCAAGGCUACGAAGAUUCAGGGGUACAAUAUUGCGGAUGGAAGCACAUGCAGUCUCGGACUUGAUGAGUCGGUAUGCCCGCCUAGUGUUGUGGAUUGUCUUCGCUUCUGCAUCCAGGUCGUCGCAGACGGCGGUGUGUAUCUAGAGGACGAUGUCGACGUCUGCACUCCACCGGGCGCAAUUGGUAACGUCCAGAUCAAUCUCCUCCUCGACGUGAUCGCGUGCAUGGAAACGGUUGAGGAAAAACAGCAUGCAGCGGCGCCAGCGAGAGUAGUUGUUCGUUGUGGAAUCAAGCUUGUAUGGGAUGAACCGGGUGAUGUUAAAAUCGCCGAGAGAUUUGGGAGGGGGUGA